AUGACUGCUACUCCAGCAAACGUCACACUCAAGGAUCUCAAUGACCAAUGGGCCAUGAACUGGAAGCUGUGCGAUGACUCCGAACCUAUGCUGGUAGCCCAAGGCGUCCCUUGGCUGGUGCGUAAACUCCUGGGCCUUAUCUCGAUGCAAGUAGCCUUAAAGACAGUCCCGGACCCCGCCACCGGCCUGACGCAUUUCUUCGCCGAAUACAAGCCACCGUUUGGCUUACCGAGCAGCGGCGAGGAGCGCGUGCUAGAUUUCGUGGCGGAAGAGAUUACCGUUCCGGUUUUCGGGACGCUGCGCGUGUCAACGCGUUGGGCGACGCCCAAGGAGCUGGAUGAGAUUGAUGCGUACUUGGGAGAGGGUUUUGAGAAGGGGACAAAGGAGGUUAUUCAUAUGAAGACGGAAAAUUCGGAGCUGGGUGUGGUGACACAUCAGACUUUUGGGUUUGAGAAGAUCAAGGGAGUGAGGUACCAUACUAGGCAUAUUGUGGUGAAGAGAGGAGGCGAAUCCACGAGACUGACGCUAGUAUAUGAUUAUGUUGGACCGCAACAUGCAAAGAAGAGUUGA